CUCGAACAUGUUUUCGUUCUUCAGCUCUUUUGACAACAGUUCCAUUUUGUUCCAGUGUCGGUGUUCCAAUCAACAUGCAGUCCUACGUGGUUUGUCUGCUGGUGGUGGUGGCGAUGGCGGCCGCAGCGCCGCAGAGGGAGGGCGCCGCCUUCUCCAAAGAGGCCAUCAAGCAGGCCCAGAACACCUUCCUCAUCCCCAAAGACGCUGAGAUCCAGAAGGUACAAGAAGGAAUCGAGCUAGCUGCUUACGAGUCUAUUCCCGGCAACCAGAGAAUCAACCUCUUCGAGAUCCUUGGUGACCAGGUACCCUCUGAGGUCAUCAACAACCUCCAGAGCCAAAUCGACCAGGUCGGUCGCCAGUAAGACGUCGUAGACGAUGGAAGAUGGGGUUCCGAAGCCAGCGACCGUAUGAAACCACCAGGUUCUUCGUACGAUUGCUGUCUUCAACCGUAGCUGUUGACUAAUAUUUAAUUUAUUGGUUGUGCAAGUACAAGACAGUGAAUGUGAUAUUGUGUAACAUCUCUCUUUUAUACGUUUGUACAUAAAUUUUAAUAUUAAAAUAAAACGGUCGAUCGUGAUCCGA